CGAGCGUGGGAAAAGUGACGAAACUGCUGAUAAUAAACUUGGUUUGGUUGAUUCAGGCGUUGAGAAACUCGAUUUAAAUUCGGAUUCAUCAGCCACUAAAGAAACAUCACCAAUCCGCGAAAUUACACAAACAGAUCAUCUCAAUAAGAAACUUUUAACAUCAUUUUUAGACCGGCUCAAUACUCAAUCAAACACUAUUCCUCUUCCGAGAAAGACCGACGAGUUUGACGAAUUCGACCCAGGAAACAUAGACUUCGCUGAUCAAUAGUUAUUACAAAAGAAAUACUGAACAUAUUUCCUCUUUCAUUUUUACUUUGUGGGGAAGUCGGUGAAAAUAUAUGUUUUUGAAGAUUUAUUUCAUAACAUUCACAUAGAAACGGCAUGGAAUGUCAUUUCAAUGACUUUGACCAGUGACCGGGUUGUUGUGGAAAAUGACCUUGACUCUUGUAUUAAAAAAUAAAUGCUUGACUUCACACACUGAAAGUAGAAUGCUAUGAUCAUAUCAACCUCAUUCAACAAGUCCAGAGGAUCAAGCAAGUUAUACUUUGUUGCUGCCAUAGGCUUUAUUGUAUGAAAUAGACAAAAUUUGUGUGAAUUUGUAGCCUACUUCAACCUACUUUCAAAGAUUUUAUUAUAUUGAAAUUCCAAGGCUAUCAUCCUUCAUAGGUAGAAGUGUUGUGAGCACAUUGUUGAAUGAAAUUAGUUACUCAGUAUUUUGUAUAGUAAAUGUGUGACCUGUUAGUGUCAGUGAUCAGUCAGGACAGUGUCUCGUUGAUCUAUAUCUACCUAUUAUUUUAAAAGAAGAUCAAUAUGUCAGAAGAUAAUAAUUAUGUUAUAAUUGGUAUAAGUGGGUGUACAAAUAGUGGGAAGACAACAAUGACUGAUAGAUUAUUAAAGUUAUUUCCUUCAGCUAGCCAGAUGUGUCAAGAUACCUAUUUCUUGGAACCUGGUGAUGAAAGACUAGAAUUUGUGCCUGAAGUCAAUCACAGCAAUUGGGAAAAAUUAAGUGCAUUAGAUAUGGAUAGAAUGGUAAGAGAUGUAAAACAAUGGAUUAAAGACAGUAAACAUAGUAAUUCUCACCAAAUUCCUAUUUUGUUUAUCGAAGGAUUUACUAUAUUCAAUCAUAGUCCACUUAAAGAUUUAUGCAAUAAAAAGUAUUUUUUUACAAUGGAUUUUGAAACUUGCCAAGAAAGAAGAAGUGGCAGGAAUUAUAUACCUGCAGAUCCUGAAGGUUAUUUUGAGAAAAUUGUAUGGCCUAUGUAUUUUUCUAAUAAAUCAGAGUUAAAUCAUUAUAAAGAUAUAGUAUAUUUAAAUGGUUGUGAUCCACAAGAAAAGACACUGAAGACAAUAUUAGAAGAUAUAUAUACUCUACCAGCACUGAAGAAAUUACAUUUUAUUAGUUGA